AUGGAUGAUGUAACAGAAGAGGAUAUAUUGCAAUGGCAGCAAACAUCUGUCGGUAAUUUUAUUGGCAGUUUAAAACGAAUCAAUGAUAAUUUUGAAGGUGGUCGAACAUUCGACCUUUUUGAGAUGGAUAGAAAACAUCAGAUCCAAUCAAUUUUUUGUGAACGAUUUCAUGAAUCGUCUGCUGUUCGUCAGGAAAUACUACGUUUUCUUCGGAUUUCGGCUCGUGAUAAGAAUAAUUUAGACGAGUUAUUGUCUUCUCACUUAAUGCAGAAAGUUCUCGCUGCGGAUAUGUUAGUCAAGCAGUCUUUCCAAUUCGAUUGGGAGGUUUUUAUUCAAGCUGAAAUGUGUCUCAUCAAUUUACUUUUUAAUAGUAAUCUUGCUAGACAUGAGUUCAGCGAUAUUUCUUCAAAAUUACUACUUCAGCGAAUUAGUCUUUGCACUAAUAUUCCAAACAUACAUGAGCACUCCAGCAACAGUCAUACCGUGCAGGAUAAUACUAAUCCGAAAAUAUCAGAAUGUGAAUUUCCAUUUAAAAAUUUAAAUAAUGAGCAAGUAGAUCUUGUUACUUUUUACGAUCUCCGCAUUGCAUUUGUUGCAAGUGCAUAUUCAAAACAGUUGCAGUUGCAGUGGCUUAAAAAUGGUGGUUGUGAAGUGUAUCUGAGAAUACUGGAGCAGAGUUUGCAAUUUCCGGAACGCUUACAGCAAAAUUCAAAAUGCAGAACUUUUCUAGAACGUACAAAUUGGACAUUGAAAAUUCUUUUUAAUAUAUUUAGCUCUUCGAGUAGUGAUAUUGUUGAACCAAAUGCUGAAAAGUGUAUAUUCCUUUGCUCAAAGUUCGUGACUUUGGAAAAAGUUGAUUCGUCUAUUGAGCAAUCAUCAGUGGAUAUAAUUGCUGUCAUGCCGUUAUUUAUAGAAUUAUUGGUACCAAAAUUGGAGCAUUUAGUAGAAGAUGAUCCAAGAAUGAUUGUUCACAAUGGACGAGAUAUGACUUUUACCUGUACUUUACUUCAAGCAUUGAAGAGGCGUUUAGAUACGGAAAAUAAUGAAGAAAUUGAAUUACUUGGUACAUUUUUAACUGUUCUCAUUAGUUUGUGUUCACGGGUACAAGAAGUUCGGCGUUAUUUGCGUUUGCAAGUAAUUCCACCUCUCCAUGCAACUGAUGUUGAGCGACGACCAGAUGAAGGUAACGAAUUGCGUAAUCGUAUGAUUCGUUUGAUGAUGAGCAUGUCUAUUACGCGAGAUUUAGCUGCUGAAUUCAUAUUUAUUUUGUGCAAGAGAAAUGUUAAUCGUUUUGUAAAAUACUGUGGUUUUGGUCAUGCAGCUGGGUUACUGGUUAAUCGUGGUAUUUUGGGAGCUUUGAAUGCGUCUAGACAUUUGUCGGAUAGUGAGUCUUCAGAAACAGAAGAUUAUAAAGCAGUGGAAGCACAAAUAAAUCCAGUUACUGGAUGCAUUGAAUCUACAAAAAUGAAUCCUUUUGCUGGAAUGGCAGACGAUCAAAAAGAGUAUGAAGUGCAUCGAUUAAUGAGUGAUAUCAACGAGCUAAUGAAUAAGGGAGUGAUAACUCCAGGUCAGGUCGAUAAUGAUGGACAUUUACGACCUGUAAAUCAUGUACUUGAGCUUGUCAAAGGUGCUGAUAUGAAAAAUGAAAAAAGUGAUAGUGAUAACAAUAUUGAUAUCUGA